CCCCCAAUUUCCUUCACAAACAUGGCAACAAAUCAGUCCACACACAACAAACCUUUCUUCUUCAACUACUUCCAAUCACUUUCCCAAACCCCUCAUAGGCUCAGAAAGAGAAUGCUAGCGACGUGGACCCCAGACCAAGAGCUUAAUCGAAUCAGGCUAAGGUCUGGUGCUGAUAUGAAAAGGAAACUCAAGUGGUUCGAUUUAGUAGCUCUCGGUGUUGGUGGAAUGCUCGGUGUCGGCGUCUUCGUCACCACCGGCAAUGUUGCUCGCAACACCACCGGCCCAUCUGUUUUCAUUUCGUAUAUCGUUGCUGGAAUUUCAGCACUCCUCUCUUCUUUGUGUUACACUGAAUUUUCAGUCCAGGUCCCAGUUGCUGGUGGUGCCUUCAGUUACCUGAGAGUGACUUUCGGUGAAUUUGUGGGGUAUUUUGCUGGAGCAAACAUAUUAAUGGAGUAUGUAUUAUCAAAUGCUGCUGUGGCAAGAAGUUUUACAGAGUAUUUAUGCUCAGCUUUUGGAGUAAGUGAUCCAAAUUCAUGGAGAGUUGAAGUUCACGGACUGCUACAAGGCUAUAACAAGCUGGAUUUCAUUGCUGUUGCUGUUGUUCUUCUUUUAACUCUUUGCCUAAGCCAUAGUACAAAGGAAAGCUCCAUGUUGAACCUUAUUAUGACAAUCUUUCAUAUUGUUUUCUUUGGGUUCAUCAUAAUCGCCAGUUUCUACAAUGGGAAUGUUAAUAACUUGGUGAAGCCAAAAGGGUUAGCUCCAUAUGGUGUUAGAGGCGUGCUUGAUGGUGCAGCCAUAGUUUACUUCAGUUACAUAGGAUAUGACUCAGUCUCAACCUUGGCUGAAGAGAUUCAAAACCCUCGUCUAAGCCUUCCAGUUGGUAUCGUCGGUUCAGUCCUCAUUGUCUCGGGACUUUACUGUCUUAUGGCCUUGGCACUAUGCAUGAUGGUCCCUUACCAACAGAUAGCUGAAACAGCAUCAUAUUCAAUGGCUUUCCAAAGAAUUGGCUGGAAAUGGGCAGGGAAUGUUGUUGGGGCAGGAGCAAGCUUAGGGAUCAUAGCGUCUCUUUUGGUUGCCAUGUUAGGCCAAGCUAGGUACCUUUGUGUUAUAGGAAGGGCAAGGCUAGUUCCAUUAUGGCUAUCUAAGGUUCACCCUUCAACAGGCACCCCAUUGAAUGCCACACUCUUUUUGGGGCUUUGUACGGCAUCAAUAUCACUCUUCACCGACCUUGACAUAGUGAUCGAAAUGAUCUCCAUCGGCACCUUGUUAGUGUUCUACCUCGUAGCCAAUGCUCUCAUUUAUAGAAAAUAUGUGAUCAUAGCUAAAAACCCACCAUGCCCUACACUGUCUUUCCUUUGUUUCUUGACCUUAACUGCAAUAGGUUUCUCCGUUUCAUGGAAAAUGGAACAUCAAUGGUGGGGUUUGCCUCUAUUCGGUGGGAUCAUGGUUAUUAUUACAGCUUUGUUUCAUUACAUGGUCCCAAGGUUUGGUCAACCUAGUGAAUGGUCAGUGCCGUUGAUGCCAUGGCCGGCUGCUAUAUCCAUUUUCCUUAAUGUCUUCCUUAUGACGACAUUGAAAACGAUGUCGUUCAAAAGGUUUGCAAUAUGGGGAUGUUUAAUAACUGUGUUCUAUGUGUUGUACGGGGUACACUCAACAUUUGAAGCAGAAGAGCUGGAGAAAGAAACCAUGGAUGUUAAUGAAGUUCCAAACCCAUCUCUCCAAUUAACAAAACUAGAUGCUUAAUAACAAUUUAUUAAUCUCAAUCAAAGUUGCAAAAAUCAAGUCUUUUUUUUUCCAAUUCAGUCCUUUAUCAAUAAUCAUCAAAUUAUGCAAGAAGGAGAAGAAAAGAACAAUUGAGAGAGGAGGGUACAUUUUACCAUUUCCUUUUCAUUUGAGAGAGAGGUCAAUGGCACACACUUUUUUGGAGUGCAAAGAAUGAUUAAUUGGACCAUAUGUACCCUACAAUGAUAUGAACACAAUAUAUUAAAGGUUAAAUGCUAUUAGUCUCCAUACUUUACAAAAAUGGUGGGUUUAAUCUCUGUACUUUAAGUUAAUCAAUUUUUGUCUAUGUACUUUUUUAUUGAUUCAAUUUCAGUCCCUGUAUUAUUUUGAA